AUGUCUCUUCGCAUCACUCCUCAAACCAACUACUCCUCAGAAACCUCCAAUACCUCCAAGAAGACCCCACAACCUCACCUCCGCAAUGGCGCUCCAUCUGCCCCAGGUCUUCCAGAUACUCUCCGCUCCUCGCUCACGGCAGCCCCAGAAACGUCCGGCCUGCAGAAAACCAACUCAACACACCCCCUUGAAGCCCGGCUGUUGAAUUGGCGCCAAACACAAGAUGCUAUGAAAAUGGAGUCUAUUCGGCGGAUUCAUGGCAUGGCGGAGCCAGUACGACGAGGUAUGGAGAUGAAGAUUGUUCGUGAGAGUCAGUGGAAACCAGCAGUCCUAGGUGGGAAUAUGCAUGGAAGUAUACAUGAGGAUAUUUUGGCCCUAGGUGGACGGGAGACGGAAGUUACUUGGGAAGACGUGUAUCCUGGAGAUGAGCUUCGCGAGCCUCCUAGCUUCCAUGACGAGCUGGAGCAUAGGUUGAAGAUGAACUAA